GAUUGCAAUGAGACAACUCUCGACGAGAGAAUGUCACCAAAUGACAGAGAAUUUAACAACUACAGGUCAACGUACGGCAUAUGGAAGUUAUUUUAGGGUGUGAAUUUUAGAAAGAAAAUUAAUAACUACGAUAAGUGGAAUAUAAUCUGCUAUUACAUUAACUUUAUACAAUAAUGUUUUAUACUUAACUACUUUUUCAAACAUUCACACUGUCAGAAACCAUUAAAGCACUACAACAAGGUGUUAUGUUUUUGUAAACGAUUAGAAUAAGGUACUGUGUCAGAAUUGCUGCCAAGAAUAUGUAUGUGUAAUGAGAAAAUGAGGUUAUGUUGAUAUAAAGUGCAAUGACUGGAAUUCAGAUAUCUCGGUCGUUAUUCUGUGGUUUAGUUAGACUUUUCUUUGUCUGAAUACGAGGUAACCUAUAAUAUUUUCAUAUAUAUUUUUGUGAUUUCAUUCCGUCACAUCGAAUCUAAUAUAAGAGAUGUUUUAUAAUAAGCAAAAUGUCUCGGAUAAUGCUGAAUAUUACAAAUAAAUUGGAAUUCGAAACAAUAAACUCAAACUGAUAUUAAGAAUGCAGAUUAAAGAAUGAGGAUUGAAAAGUAAUUAGAACAUUGCAUAAAUUAUUCAAAUACGGAAGGGAAAUAUAUAUGUGUCUCCGGAAGAAAUAAUAACUUGAUCAAUUGACGUUACAAUAAGACACUUGAUACAAGAACGAUAUACAGACCAAUGAGCACUUGACACAAAAAUAUACUCCGGAACACCCGCAUAUCAUAAUUUCUGGAAAACUUAAUAUAGACUUUUUCUACUAGUAAAAUAUAAUACUUAAUAGUAUUUUAAUAAAAAUUAAGAUGGGAUCACGUGGGAAACCUCGACUAACAUCAGAAUCUUCACAAAUAUCAAUGUGUCAAAAUUGUGAGAACGAAUAUUGUGAAGUUACAGACCAAGUGCCAGAUUUAGGACCCAGAAGAAUGACAAAACAGAGUAUUUCGGAAAGUUUGUUGGGUCCGUCUCAAUACCACGAGCUUCACAAACAAUAUACCGAAAUAGUGCUUUCAUAUCACAAACUAAAAAUAAGUUUCACCGUGAUGCUGAUCCUGAAUGCAAUAUUACUGGUGGUUGUUAUCACAUGUAUGGUGUUCAUCAUCCCUCACAUAUCACCAAACAAGGUGACUAACUCGAAUGACAACCUUAAACCAGACCAGCCAACACACCUUCCAAGAACUGGUGAAUCAAAGGAGCCACAAUCUACAGUUACUCCUCCAACAGAGAAAUCAAAUAUUAUUCCUUGUCAAUAUAUUAAAGACGUUCUUGGUAAAGUCUACAUCAAUGGUCAAAAGGUGGAUGAAGUUAAUGGGAAAAUGUGUACUAUCGAGGAUUUAUUAGAUUCUUUGAAGAAGUACAUAGAUAAUGUAGAAGAUAAUAAAAGACUCAAAGAGGCUUUUCAUUUUACAUCAGCUACCACAGAUCUAACAACAUGUAAAAGAGAUUCAAAAUUACUUCGAUGUUUGAAAAAUUGGGAAGAAAAGUGGGGUACAAGUAAAAUAGGUUAUAAUGAAGAGGGCAUAAUCGUGCCUAAAACAGGAAUAUAUUUUAUAUACAACAGAGUAACCAUUAUGAUGAAUGUAAAGAAUGCGACUGUUAUUGGUGAUAUUGAGCACAAUUUACGUCACAGCAAUAGUGGUAGUAACUUCAAAAAUAUUGAAUCCAGCAAAAUCGCAUGUGUAUCAACAAACGGUGUAUUCCAUCAUGUCAGUUAUAUCGAAAAGGUUCAUCACUUUCUGAAAGGCGAUGAAAUAAUGGUUGCGAUUAAAACACCAUCACAAGGAAAUGCGUCUAUUCAGAGCUCCAGCUCGUUCGGAAUGUUUCAGCUUUAACAGAUUUAGCCGAUGCUCUUCGGCAAUAUUGAUAAACUGUUGAUAUUAGGAGUAACAAAGAUCUGAUGACGACAAUGAUUACAUUCGGUGGAUUCGUAUAAAUUUGACUUAGGCCUUGUAUCUUACACUAGAGCUGUGUUUAUAUAAUAAUUACGGUAUACGGGUCCGUGUAUGAUAGAAAAGAAACAUACUCAAGGGUCUGACAGACCGACUCUUUUAAUAAUUACUCUAACA